CAAAGACCAUCAGACCGACAGACCAUCACAUGGGUGGACAGGAUACUAGCCACGUGAACAGACUGACAAUAGACAGAGAGACGGGAAGCUGGCUUCUUCUUGACAAGAGCUGUCGCAAUGACCUGUCCCUGAAGACUUGUGACCAGGUCCACACCCUGUGACAUCACAUUUGUGAGAUGUGACAUCCUGCCAGGACUCCUCUCGCCGCCACGUGCUGUCCUUCAACCCAUCGUCUGCCCUCGCGCUUGCCGUUAAAACCCGCGAUAAGCCACAAUCAACGGCCGGCGAUUAUUUUACAUUUCUCUUUCUGAUAUUCACCUGCAAGCGCUUAGCCAGAAUGUGCAACUGCUUUUGUUAUCGUUGUCAUCGCCAGUGUCCUCAGGUCCUGCUGAUAGUGUCCCGGCGAGCUUGACACUGCGCAUGCGCCAGGCACUAGGUGUGGACACUAGGAAGCUGCGUCCGUCCUAAGUCCCUGGAGCGAUUCCUGCCGACACCAGUCUUCUGUCUCUGCUGUCCAUCGUGCUCUGUCAGUGUCAAUGACUCUGCCCACCUCCCACUGACACGUCACUGCCACUUCCAGCAUGGACCACAGGAUCCCCGCUCUGCUUCUGGCGAUCAUCGUCUUUGUCAUCGCAGGGGCCCUUGCAAGUCAGUCUGUGGAAACAGGGGACGUUGACAAGUUGGUCAACGCACAGCACAGUGAACAACAAGCCGACAGUGGCGCCCUCUGCUGCUACCUCCCAGAAACAAACUGCUUCCACGUCUGCCCCCGCAACACACACGUCUACCUCGACCCACACAACUCACACGCCUACCUCGACCCCCGCAAUUCACACGUCUACCUCGACCCACACAACUCACACGCCUACCUCCACCCUCGCAAUUCACACGUCUACCUCGACCCCCGCAAUUCACACGUCUACCUCGACCCACACAACUCACACGCCUACCUCGACCCACACAACUCACACGCCUACCUCGACCCACACAACUCACACGCCUACCUCCCCCCGCAAUUCACACGUCUACCUCGACCCCGCAAUUCACACGUCUACCUCGACCCACACAACUCACACGCUACCUCGACCACACAACUCACACGCCUACCUCGAUCCACACAACUCACACGCCUACCUCCACCCUCGCAAUUCACACGUCUACCUCGACCCCCGCAAUUCACACGUCUACCUCGACACACACAACUCACACGCCUACCUCGACCCCCGCAAUUCACACGUCUACCUCGACACCCGCAAUUCACACGUCUACCUCGACCCCCGCAAUUCACACGUCUACCUCGACCCCCGCAAUUCACACGUCUACCUCGACACACACAACUCACGUGUCUAGCUCGGCUUCAACCCUAA